AUGAGUAUAGUUGAAGUAAGAGUUUGUGGGCGUUAUAAAUUAGGAUCAAGAAUAGGAACAGGUUCCUUUGGAUCUAUAUACUUAGCCAAAAACGUUUAGACAAAUACUGAAGUAGCAGUCAAGAUGGAAGAAAUUAAAAGUAGACACCCUUAACUUCUUUAUGAAGGUAAAAUCAUGUAAAACCUAUAAGGAGGUAUAGGAAUUCCAAAUAUGCAUUGGUGUGGUUAAGAAGGAGAUUAUAACUUUCUUGUAAUGGAACUACUAGGCUAAAAUAUGGAAGAGUUAUUUAAUUUAUGUAACAAGAAGCUAUCAUUGAAAACAACUUUGAUGAUUGCUGAUUAGAUAAUUUCAAAUCUAGAAUAUAUUCACUUUAAAACUUACGUUCAUAGAGAUAUGAAGCCAGAAAAUUUCCUUGUUGGAUUAGGCAAAAAGUCUAAAAAUAUAUUUACUAUUGAUUUCGGAUUGUCUAAGAGAUAUAGAGAUUCAAGAACUCAUGAGCAUAUUCAAUUCAGAGAUAAAAAACCAUUAAUAGGUACAUGCAGGUAUGCAAGUUUAAAUGCUCAUAAAGGAUAUGAGUAAAGUAGAAGAGAUGAUUUGGAGAGUUUAGGCUACAUACUUAUUUAUUUCUUAAAAGGAAGUUUACCUUGGUAAGGAAUUAAAACGAAUUCACGUGAUUAAAAAUAACAGAUGAUUUUAGAAAUGAAAACCAGCAUUCCUGUUGAAGAACUUUGCAAAGGACUUCCACCUGAGUUUGCAAUUUACAUUAACUAUUGCAGAAAUUUAAAAUUUGAAGAUAAACCCGAUUACACAUAUUUAAAAAAGAUAUUCAAAGAAAGGUUUGUAAAGGAAGGAUAUUAGUUUGAUUAUGUAUAUGAUUGGAUACUUAUUCCAUUAAGUAGCCGCAACCCUACAUUUACUGCUAAAAUACCAAUUACAGUUGAGUUAAUUCCAAAUGAAGAUUAGUUUAUUAAAGAAAACCAAGAAUCCGAUGAUUCAAAAGAUAAUAUGCCAGAUGACACAUCUGACAAAGGAGAGGAAAAUGAAAUUAGCAAUUAUUACUAGUAGCAAUAACCCUAAGGUCAAAACUAAUUUGGAUAAGCUCCAUAAUAACAGUAUUAUCCUUAAAAUUAGUAUUAUGGAUAAAAUCAGAAUAAUUACAAAGGAAACUACUAGUAGCAACAAUAGCAAAUUUAACAAUAACAAUAAUAAUUAAAGUAGGGAAAUAAUAUUCAAUAACAGUAAUACAAUCAGCAAUAAAACAAUUAUCAGAUGCAAUAACAAUAUAAUUAAUAAUAGGCACAAUAGUAGUAAUAUAGCAAUAAUGCAGCUGUAUAACCAAAAUAAGCUAGCUAGAAAGAUGGAAAAGGUAAAAAAGAAAAAGGAGAAUGUUCAAUAUUUUGA